AUGACGGUGCCUGGACUCGGGGGCGGCAUCAGCGACAGGCACGUCCUUGGCCAGGGCAGGACCCGAGGGCGAAUGAAUGGAAGGGGAAUGUGCCGCACGGCGGCAAAAAUGCAGCUGGAGUGGGAGCCCAAGUGGUUCUGCAGGCCGGGUGCUCCCGUUCCACUGGGCACUUUUCGAAGGAUUAUUAUCGAGAAUCCUGAUCAGGAGCAAUUAUCCCCAUUAUUUCUUAGAGGGGGGAAUUUCUUUCCUGGAAAUAAUGUCAUCUAUGAAAAGACAAUAAGAAAAUAUGAGCUGUUAAAUCCCCACCAAGAGAAGCAGUACCAGUUGUGCCAGCAGGCUGACCCGUGCCAUGUGUCCCAGCCCUGUCCACAGCCCGAGCAGCCCCGGGUCACCCAGCAGUGCCAGCAGACACAGACCAGCAACCCCUGUGACCUGAUGCCCGUGACUGUGGGCGAUGAGUGCGGGGGCGGCUCCGUCAGGAGGGUCACAGUGCAGACCUGCCAGCCUGUGAACUGCUCCCAGGAAAGCAGUGACCAGCUGGACUGCCGCUACUUCGGCGAGCUCCUGGCUGAGCUGCACCGCAAGACCAGCGACCUGCACAGCUGUUUGCUGCAGCACGUGGAGAAAAUCGGAGGAAGGAACCAUGACUUGGAAUUCACCUAUCAGACUGAAGAGAUUGAAGAUUUAAUUCCUAAAGGACUGUCUGAAGCAACAAAGCAGCAGAUUCGUUAUCUCCUGCAGAUGAGAGUGACAUCAGACAAGUCAUUGAGACUCGUGCUCUCCACGUUCAGGAACCUGCGGGAGGAGCUCUGCCAUCUGCAGGAUGACCUGGGGAAAUUAGAAACUGACAAUGUCUUACUGAAGAAGGAUUUGGCUUUUAAAGAGUCUCAAGUAAAAGAAUAUGAAACUAUGUUGGCUUCUCUGAGAGACAAUAAUCGUCAGCAGCAGCAAGGGCUCAGGGACAGCACUGCCAAGUGCCGCUGCCUGGAGGAAGAGCUGCUGUGCCUCCGGCUCACCGAGGGAGAGAAGGAUUGUCAGCUGAAGGAGCUGGAGUACUGCAAGCGGGCCCUGGAGCAGGAGAUCCAGAACCUCAGGCUGCAGGUGACAGACAUCUGCUCCAAUCCCACCCUGCAGACCACCACGGACGAGCUCUCCAGCCGUUAUGUGGAGAUGAUCAAUAACCUGAGAGAGGACAAAGAUCGGGAGAUCCGCAGCCUCCGGUCUCAGUUAAGCCAAUUCCAGCAAGAUAUAUCCAGGAGAGAAGGAAGUAACAGUGACCUGCAAGUACGGCUGCAGGAACUGACAUGCAUGUUGGAGGAGAAAGAAGCCUGUAUUAAACAGCAGCAAGAGGAACUCUUCAGAUUGAAGCAUGAGAAGUUAUCAGGCAGUCAGUCCCCUGGUGUAACAGCGAUCAUCACUAAGAAGUACAGGAAUCAGUAUCCUAUCCUGGGCCUCCUGUCUGAUGACUACAAGGUUACCUCACCUGUCAAUAAAUCACAAACUAUUGUAAUCGAGAGGACUGGAGAGAUAUGGAAACAUCGCCGCGUCCCCGAAACUCCCACCCAGCCCGGGCAGCGCCCAGCCCAGGCAGCGCACACGAGUGGUGACUUGCAAGGCCUGAUUUCAGUAAAAAUAGAAAAUAGGGAUACAGAAGUGAUUCCUGUGACAGAGCACAAGGUAAAGCUGCCAAGUCUGAACCCAAGGGAAAGGUCUGAGAAAGAGCAAGAGGGCCAGUUCACACCCACCUGUUGUGCUCAGUGGCAGGUGGUGACGCUGCCUGCAGGGCAUGGAGAGCAGCACAACACUGUGAGGAGCAGCUGGGAGGACAGGACCAAGAAGAUGACAACUCUGAGCAGCCUGAGUAGACGAAUGAAAGAAACCCCUGAGCCAUCAGAGCUGCUCUACGGAGUUGACAACGACUACAACUGCUUUACUUUCUGCUACUUUGCAUCUGAAAAAGGCUCAGUGCCACAGUGA